AUGUACAGAAUGGGUUCUAUGUAUGGAUACAGAUCCUUCAAAAACACCAAAUUUUUAUUUCAUAAUAAUAAUAACAAUAAUAUCUAUAUAAUUUUUAAAUUAAAAUUAUUUAUUCGAAAUAUUCAUUUUAAUAUAUUUAUAUAUAAAUGGAUUUUUCAUUCAACAAUAUUUUUAUUAAAAUACAUUAGAAUAAAAAAAUUACAACAAAAUAAUAAUAAUAACAAUAUAACUACCUCCACACAACAUUAUACCCCAAUAACUAAUAAUUUAUUUGCUCAAAUGCAAUUUUGCCAACACCCACAACAACACCCACAAUAUGUAAAACCAAAUAAUCAAUCCCCAUCACAUUUAUUUGGUUUAUCAACUUCCCCAUCACACCUUGGACCACAAUUUCCACCACCAACUUCAUCUGCUCCAUCCACAAGUUCAUCAACAACCUCAGAAGAAUGGAUAUUUGGACAAAGAUAUUUGGAAAUUUAA